AUGCCUGAGAAAAGUAAGAGUGGCAUAACUACAGUACAAAAUGUUGUUAAGUAAUGUAUUCUAAUUAUUGAAUUGAAUGUUACUAAAUCAUAUCUUUUCACCAAGAGUUCCAGCGGGUGGUCGUGGAAACACUUUUGGAAAUCUGCGAUGAAUUGAAAUCGCUCAACCAGCAGGGGGACAUUGAAGAUGAGGGUGAGCAGAUACGUCAGUUGCCGUUAAGGACUUUGGAGGAGGCUCAGCGCAUGUCGUUGGAAAUCAGUAGGCACCCCAGCAUAAAACGUUUACUGGUAAGUCAAAUAGAGAUGCUAAAAAUGAUAGAAAUCUAUACAUUAGACACUCUUGAUAAUUUGAUUAUAUCAUACAGAUAAAACAACUGUCACACCUUGGGGGGAAGGACAUUAAGACCUGCACACGCAGGAUCCUGGACAGGUAUGAAUAUGACAGCAAGACAAUGUUAUUAAUACAAUCAUGUACUGUUGGUGUUUAUCAAGUCUUUCUAGUGAAUUGCAAGAGUAAGCAGUAUUAUGGUGCGUUCACACAGGCACUUGCGCAACGGCAGCGAGGGUUUCUCUGAGGUUUUAGGGAAUUGUUCCGCAAAUAAAGAGCUGCGCUGGACACGGUAUCCGACGAGAUCGAGGGGAAACCUAGAGCGGGUGUGACGUAAUGCGCAACGCGAAUUGACGGUGGCAAAGUGACACGUUUUAGGACACAAGACAGGACAAGUUGCGUUGCCUGUCCGGUGUGAACGCACCUUAAGAGAUUUAUUUGUCUUUGAUAUCCAUUUCAGAAUUUUACACAAUGACGUGCAGAGGAAGUACAACCUCCUGGGUGGAGGACGCCAGGGGAAAAAAGGCUUUAAGAAAACUGCUUUCUUCACAGUUGUUCUUGGUAAGUGAAUUAUAUCUCUGCAAGUUAUUACUUAUUCUUGGUCAUGUUACUGACUCAUUUAAAGCCUGAAGCUGUAAAAAAGUGGAGAAUCCUUCCGGACAAUACUAGAUAAUUUCUACACUUACUAUGAUUCAAGUUUCUUUUGUUUUUUUUCUUUUUGCAGAGUCUGUUCGCAUCAACUUCCCGACAGCAACAGAGGACCUGGUCGCAGCAUCGAUUGGGGACCAUUUGAAACAGGCACCAGCUCGAUGUGGUGGGAGGGGCACCACCACAACACCACCCUGCUAA